UAAAAUAUUAGUUACAUAAAUAUACUUCAGUUUCCUAUCAAAAGUAAAAUCAGCAUUGUAGUGGAAAGAUUAACACAAUGGAAACAGAAAGCUAUAAAAAUUUUGCAAAUGUUCCUUUACUGUGGAAGCCUGGACCCGACUCUGGAAAGCUUCUCAAGAAGUUCAAGAAAAUUAUUGAAGAAAAAUAUGAUCUUCAAAUUGAUGAUUACUGGGCCUUGCACAAGUGGUCAACUGAUAAUAUUGCAGAGUUUUGGGAUGAAAUGUGGAAAUUUUCUGGGGUGGUCCAUUCGAUGCCAUAUGAAAAGGUUAUUGAUUUGAAUGUACCAAUGCAAGAACGACCACAGUGGUUUAUUGGAGCAAAACUAAAUUAUGCAGAAAACGUGCUGAAGUACAGAGACGAAAACAUUGCAAUCAUAUCUGCAGGAGAAGACAAAGAAACGGAGAAAAUUUCUUAUGCUCAGAUGUAUGAAGAGGCAAAAUUGUAUGCAGCUGCUCUGAAAAAAUGCGGAUUGAAGAAAGGAGACAGAGCAGUUUGCUAUAUGUCUAACCGGAAGGAAGCAGUUUUCGCAUGCCUUGGAGUCACUAGUAUGGCAGCGAUUUGGACGGGAGCUCUGCCACUGCUUGGAGCACAAGCUGUGCUUAACCGAUUUAAACAAGUCAAGCCAAAAAUCAUGUUCACCAUUGACAGAUUUUUGCAUGAUCAAGAAGAAAAAGAAAUGCUUCAUAAAGUGGCAGAAAUUGCUAAAGGUCUUCCAUCACUGGAAAAGGUGGUUAUAGUCCCCUCUAAAGAAAAUUCAAAACAGAAAGACAUUAGUGGCAUCAGAAACAGUUGCUGGCUGGAUGAAUUUCUAGCGUUGGGACGUGAAAGUGAUGGAUCUGUUCCCCCUCUUCAGUUUGAACAGGUGUCAAUAGAUCACCCCAUAUUUAUUAAUUACACUUCCGGAACAACUGGACUUCCAAAAGCUUUAGUACAUGGAUCUGCCGUACUUUUGUCAAUGGCACGUGAUUUUUGGCUGCACAGCGAUGCAUGCAGAGAAAGAACUUGGCUAUCUAUUUCACCGGUUGGUUGGGCUUCGUGGAACAUGCUGACCACCAUGCAUUUCUUGGGUAUAACGACUAUCCUUUUUGAAGGCGUGCCGUUUUUUCUGACACCGACGUAUCUGUGGGACAUGGUGGAUGAAUUUAAAAUCACCAACCUUUUCCUAUCCGUCAACAUUCUCGACGAUUUGGAGAAGAAAGGAUAUGUUCCAACUGAAAAGCACAAAUUGAGUUCUCUGUUAGAAGUCUUCAGUGGUGGGAGCGUUGUAAAACCACAAAACUAUGACUUUGUUUACAAGAAAAUAAAAGAAGACAUUAUUUUUUGCGCUGCUUACGGUUCAACUGAAUUUAUGGGCUCGUGUAUGAUUUUCGAUCAUACUUUGAAAAUAUAUCGAGGAGAAAUCACAUGCGCUUCAUUAGGCAUAGAUAUCCAAAUUCUUGAUGAGUCAGGAAAGCCUUUAAUGGGUGAAGUAGGAGACAUGGUUGUCGUUAAACCUACUCCUUCCUUACCAGUAGGAAUUUGGGAAGACGAAGAUGGCUCCCGAUUUAAAGAAACUUAUUUUAGUAAAUUUACUGGAAAAUUUUCCAUGGGUGAUUUAGGUAUGAUUAAUCCAGUAACAAAAGGUUUUGUCAUUUGUGGCAGAAGUGAUGACACUUUAAAACCCGGUGGUUGCAGAUUUGGAAGUUCUGAAAUUUAUAAUAUUGUUGAUACAUUUCCUGAAGUUCGUGACAGCCUUUGUGUUUCUCAAUAUUCUGCAAAGGGAGUUGAAAGAGCUGUCUUGUUUCUGAAGAUGAGGAACGGCCAUUGCUGUGAUCAGAUACUCAUCGACAAACUUCGAGCAAUGAUUUCCAGAGAGCUGUCUUCUAGACAUGUGCCAGAGAUAAUGAUUGAAACUGCAGAUAUACCGUACAACCUGAAUGGAAAGAAAAUGGAAAUCAUCGUUAAGAAUAUUAUCAAUGGACGAAAGUACAGUGCAGAAACUGUUAUCAAUCCAGAAUGCUUACAGAAUUUUUUCAAUGUUCCAGAGCUUUCCGGAUUCUGAAGCAUCAUUAUCUUCCCAUCCAAUACAUCCCAUACACAAUUUCUGAAAAUAUUUUAACUUGAAUGCGCAACAAAUCAUAAAAGCAUUAA